AUGGAUGCUCUGGCGGAUGCGCCGCCCCAGGUUCCGUUGGCCGAGUGUGCUCGUUUGCUGGCGCCUCCAACGCGUAUGGAGGUUCAUGCUGUGGUUUUCUCAAUCGACCAGGAUAGUGUGGCUGGCCCCGAUGGUUUCUCUGCUGCUUUCUACCAAAAGUGCUGGGAUAUUAUUCGGGAUGAUGUGUUCGAUGCCGUCCUGGACUUCUUCUCGGGAGCUCCUCUCUUGAAAUUCUAUACGGCGACGACACUUGUGCUUAUUCCUAAAACGGAGGGGCCAGUUGCAUGGACUGACUAUCGGCUUAUCAGCCUCUGCAAUGUGAGUUGCAAGAUCAUCACGAAGCUACUCACUGCGCGCCUUGGUCCGCUACUGCUGCAGCUUCUGUCGCCACAUCAGAGUGGCUUUGUCAGAGGACGGGCGAUUGCAGACAAUAUUUUGCUGGCGUCGGAAAUGGUACAUGACCUUAAUCUGAGGGGGGACUCGCAUAACUUGCUGCUGAAAUUGGAUUUGAACAAGGCAUAUGACCGGGUAUCGUGGCGUUUCCUGCGACAUGCGCUUACCAGGUUCGGUUUUCCGGCUCAUUUCAUCACCCUGAUUAUGAAUUGUGUCGAGCACGCUUGGUACUCGAUGUUUGUGAAUGGGGAUUUGGGCGGUUUCUUCCCCUCCUCGCGAGGCCUCAGGCAGGGAGACCCCCUGUCCCCUACUCUUUUUGUUUUGGCUGCAGAUCUCUUAUCCCGUGGAUUGGAGCGCCUUUACAACCGGUACCCGGACCUGUACUACCGAUGUCGUGGUCGUUUCCGGUUGACGCAUCUGGCCUAUGCGGAUGAUGUACUAAUCUUUGCCAACACUAGUGGGGAUCGAAUAAGCCUCCUGACUGAUUUUCUUUUGACCUAUGCACGGACUACUGGUCAGAAGGUGAACUGUCAAAAGAGUCAGCUGGUCUUUAGCCGUCGAUGCCCGGAGGGGAUACAGCGGCAGCUUCAAGCAGUAACAGGCUUCGGUACGGCUGGCCUUCCUCUCAUGUAUCUUGGUGCACCGCUUUACGUGGGUAAUCGGCGUAAUAUUCUCUACGAGGAACUCCUUGGGAAGCUCCAUCGAUAUCUGCAGCGGUGGGACUGCUCAGUUCUCUCACAUGGGGGUCGCCUGCAGCUGAUCAGAAGUACACUUUUCUCGCUCCCCCUCUACCUACUACAGGUACUUCACCCCCCUCAGGCAGUCUUACACUCAGUGGAGCAGCUCUUUGCUCGUUUUUUUUGGGGUUCUUAUCAUGGUCACCGCCGCCGCCAUUGGAUCUCCUGGGCGGAUGCGGCACGGCCACAGGAGGAGGGUGGGCUUGGUGUUCGCCGAUUGUCCGAUAUGGCCCGAGCCUUCUCUUUUAAAUUGUGGUGGCGCCUCAGAGACGGCUCCUCUCUUUGGGCUCGCGCGCUUCAGCACAAGUAUUUCCGUAACUCCUUCCCAGGCUUCGCUCCCUGUCGGGCCUACGACAGUCCGGUUUGGAAGCGUCUUUGCCAGAUUCGAGAUGAGGCACAGAAUCAGAUCACUUGGAAUUUGGGGCGUGGGGAGUGCUACUUCUGGUAUGACACUUGGUGCGGGGACCGCCCCCUCUACACCUACCGUCAGGACCGCCCCCCGCCGAUCCGAGUGCGAGAGAUGUGGAUGGAUGGUUCGUGGGAUUUGGUGCGUCUUCAGGCCUACCUCCCGGAAAACCUCGUUAAGCAGGUCUCUGCGAUCCCUUUUGAUCCCCUGCAUGCUGACCAGCCGAUAUGGAAGGCUUCGGACACAGGUACUUUUACUACUACUUCCGCUUGGGAGAUGAGCCGGACAGUGGGGGCUCGGAGCUGGCUUUCCUCUAGCCUCUGGUCGCCACUCCUUACGCCUACGAUGUCUGUAUUCCUAUGGAAUUUAUUUCACCGUCGGAUACCCGUCGAUGAGGCCCUUUGGAGGCUGGGUCUCCCUAUUGUAUCUCGCUGCCAGUGCUGCCGGGAGUCCGAGACAUUUGAGCACUUAUUCUUCUCGUCGGCAGUUGCCCAGCGCGUGUGGCGCCAUUUCGCAGACCUUUUCUGCAUCCACCUCCCGCGAACUCAUGCGCCCCACCUUAUGGUUUCUGCUUGGCGCCUGUCAUCCCCUCAUACGCGGAGCAUCCGUACUUAUAUCCCACUUCUGGCCCUCUGGUUUUAUGGCGUGCUGGCAUUCUUCAGUGUCAGCACUGGCCUGGGGAUGUGCAUCUUGCUUCUAGUCUCGGCCUUCGCCUCCCGCCUCCGGUUCUUCGGCCGCCGGUUUUGGUGCGCUGGGAAGCUCCCUCCCCAGGCGAUUCGAUCCGGCGUGGACCUUGCGGUUACGCGCGGCCUCCUCCCUCUAUGGAUCGAGACGGACUCUGCUAGCAGUAUCUCCCUCAUUUCCUCCUCGACGGGACACUGGACUCUCCAGCCUUGUCUCCACCAUCUGCGUCUCCAGCUUCGCAACAUCGAGUGGAGGAUCUCCCAUAUUUACCGCGAGGGCAAUAAAGUGGCGGACAAUUUGGCAAACACUUCUGUUGCCCUUCCUCAUACAUACUUGUUGAACGUGGAAGUUGCAGACACAACUGGCUCCGUCAAAUGCAUUGCAUAUGAGAAAACUGUAGCAAUACUUUUGGAUUGUCAGCUCGAACUUUUGCAAGCCAGAACAGAAAAGCAGAAGACCAGCUGA